CGUUAGAACCCGCGAAAAUAGACAGCGACAAGGAAAAAUGUGUAAACAUUGCGGAAAAUGAUCACAAUAUCUUGAUAACAGGCCAAGCUGGAACAGGAAAGACAUUUACAGUAAAAAACAUUGUCACAUGGUCACCAUCUGUACCAAGAUGGGUAUCUCUAACCAUGAGGAAUACUCCCUGGUCCGCGAGAUGAUGGACGACGAGAAAGAGAAGGCGCUGACUCUCCGCCGAGACAAGUCCAUCGCCAAGGACCAGAAGAAACUCGACAAGAUGAGAAAGAAACUCCACACGGACGACGAACUGGAGUGGUUGGACCAUUCACGGACCCUGAGAGAACAGGGGGUGUUGGACGUGGACACACUACUGCUGAGGAGGAAGUUCUUUUUCUCCGACCGAAACGUUGACCAGCGUGACCCUGUACAACUCAAUCUGCUAUACAUACAGGGUAAAUCUAACCUAAUCACGGCAGGUAAGACGGUCGGCGAGGCGUCACAGGAAGUGAUGACAGGCAUUGGAGAGACGGCUAACGACAUGGACAGGAUGUACCAGGAGACAUUGCUAGCUCUUGCUAAGGCAGUGGCCAAUGCGACGGCCCAGCUCGUCCUGAAGGCCAAGAGUGUGGCCAGCACCACCGAGUACCAGGGGCUUCAGAACAAGGUCAUCAGCUCGGCGACCAGCUGUGCCCUCACGACAGCUCGUGGCCUGUACCAAGGUGGUGGCUCCGACCAUCAGUAGCCUGGCCUGUCAGGAACAGCUGAUAGACGCCGCAAAGGGUGUGGCUCACUCUGUGGAGGGAAUUGUGGAGGCAGCCCAGCAGUCCUGCCGCGA